ACUGUAGAGUGCUGAUAGUUGGUUUAUCCAAAUCACAAUUGCAGAAAUGUCCUCGCUGUUGCCCCCGCGCCUCCUGCCUCUCCGCGCCAAGCCUCCGCCGUCCUCGGUUGCCGCCCUUCUACACUUUACUUGUGACCGGCUAUGUCCGGAUACGAGGAGAAGAGUUCGCAGGUUCAAGUGCUCCGCAGGGCAGACCGACUUCUUUACAAAAUUAGGUCGAUUGAUCAAAGAAAAAGCUAAGAGUGAUGUGGAAAAGCUCUUCUCUGGAUUCUCCAAAACGAGAGACAAUUUAGCUGUUAUCGACGAGCUUCUGCUCUACUGGAACCUCUCCGACACAGAUAAGGUUUUAGAUGAGCUAGAAGAGGCAUUAUUAGUGGCUGAUUUUGGGCCCAAGAUUACUAUGAAGAUUGUGGAAACCUUAAGGGAUGAUAUAUACUCUGGGAAGCUCAAAUCAGGAAAUGAAAUCAAAGAUGCUUUAAAGAAGAGUAUAUUGGAAUUGUUGACGGCGAAGGGGCUUAAAACUGAGUUGAAGCUUGGUUUCAGGAAACCAGCUGUUAUAAUCAUUGUUGGUGUUAAUGGCGGUGGUAAGACUACAUCUCUGGGUAAGCUGGCUUAUAGAUUGAAAAAUGAAGGGACCAAGGUAUUAUUGGCAGCUGGAGACACAUUUAGAGCAGCUGCUAGAGAUCAAUUAGAGAUAUGGGCUGAAAGGACGGGCUGUGAAAUAGUUGUAGCUGAAAAGGAAAAUGCAAAAGCAUCAUCAGUUCUUUCACAGGCUGUGAAAAGGGGAAAGGAACAAGGUUUUGAUGUCAUUCUGUGCGACACCUCAGGGCGAUUGCACACAAAUUAUAGCCUUAUGGAAGAAUUAGUUUCUUGCAAGAAAGCUGUCGGUAAAGUUGUUCCUGGUGCCCCAAAUGAAAUACUGCUAGUAUUGGAUGGAACAACUGGCUUGAACAUGCUUCCCCAAGCAAGAGAAUUCAAUGAUGUUGUCGGAGUCACUGGUCUGAUCUUGACAAAACUCGAUGGCUCUGCUAGAGGUGGUUGUGUGGUGAGCGUGGUGGAUGAGCUUGGAAUUCCCGUGAAGUUUGUUGGAGUUGGAGAAGGUGUCGAAGACCUCCAACCAUUUGAUGCAGAGGAAUUUGUGAAUGCAAUUUUCUCCUGAAGGACAGCCUGAAUGCCAUCCCCAAUUUCUACGUCAAUUGUGACAAUGCAGGUGUUGAUCACAGCAGGAAUUUUCAAGUGGAUUUGUCAAUGCCAUGGAGAGACAGAUCAGACCUUCCACUCCAAAUACACAUUUGAUUAUGUAAGUUUCUUGAAAAUAAUCUUUUCUAUUACUAUAGAUUUGAAAUUUUGGAGUUUA